UCACUACUUGUCUCUCCAACUCUCAACAGCGCCUUCUCUACAUCUCCCAACGUCCAUGCUGCUACCCCCUCUGACUAUACCUAUACCAAUGGCUCAGCUCCUUCACCUGAUGUCUUGGAGCCCAAACAAGUUGCAGGCGCUGACGAAGCAGAAGCUAGAAAGGGAAUCGUUGAACUCCAUGGGCAGCAGCCAAGACGGCGUCGAAAGCAACGAACAUAUUUCCCUCCAGGUGUGGCAGCAAAAUUAAGCGAACGGUUUUUGCAGAACCCUCGGCCUCGAGGUAGGUGCACCAAAGCAAGGAUCUAA